AUGGGUCAGAUAUUAAGUUUAAGUGAGUCAAAAAAUCACUCUCUUUGUCCAAUUAUCUUGGAAGAUUCUAUUAAGCUUAAUCUUCACAGUGUGACUAUCACAAGAACAAAUAAUAAUCACAUUAAUAAAGCACUAAAGAAAACAUCGGGUCAUUCACUCACACAGGAGGAUGAAGAUAUUCCUGAUGUGAUUAAAAUUGAGAACAUCAACAAUUUUCUAACAAUAAACUCUUUCAAGAAUAAAGAGAAACCAUUUAACACCAAUAUCAAAGAAAACAAAAAAGGUUCUUCAGAUGAGCAUAAUUCAUUAUGCAAAUAUAUUCAAAAUCCAAAUGUCAUUGAUUUUGAAUUUCCAUUCUUGCUUCAAUUGAAUUCCAAUUCCAACAUAAAUUUCACUGUUGAAUCAGACGGCAAAUAUAUUGAUGAGAUCAACUCGAGAAAUGAGUAUCUAUCAAAUCAGCGACAAAGCGGUGCCGAAAAAGAGGAUCAAAAUCGUUUCUAUAAUGACGAAUCCGAUGAUGAUUCUGACGACGAGAAGUUCAAUGAUGCCAUUGAGUACAAUUCUAUUCAUAAAGAUUCUUUUGUUGCAGAUGAUGGUGAGCUAAUUGAUGAAAAACCACAGCCAAAAUCUGAUAGACUGCAGCAGGAAGGAAAGGCUCAACAAUUUGAAAAUAUUUCAACAGUAUCGAAAAAUAAAGAUGAUGCAGAAACUCAAAGCUUUGAAUCGGAUGAUGAAGAUGAAUUCCGUCAUUUGAUUUUCAAGAAAUUGUGUUUAAUCAGAGGUCAUAGUUUGAAUGAUAUUUACGAAAAACUAGAUCAAUUAAAGUACAAAAACCUUGAUCAUACACUCAACACCGGUUCUAGCUAUCUUCUGGAAAAUUCAUUUGAAAACGAUCCCGAUAUUGAAAUUAUAGGCGAUGUUUACAAAGAUGAUGAUGAUGAAGAAGAAUCCGAGACUGCUGAAGCCAACGAAAAGAGAGAAUCUGUGAAUCAUAAUCACACAAAAACUCCAAAAUUUCGAUUCAGUUUCAAUUAUGAAAUUCCAAGAUCCUCUGAUGGUAAUUACAUAUACAAGAUUUUUUAUCAGGAUAUUAAUAUUAAUUCAGAAGAGGUUUAUGGAGAUUUCAAACCCUUGAUGGAAUUCAGUGUUUGGAUUAAUGAAGAAGAUGAUAAGAAAAAAGCGUUGCCAGGGGCUGUGGAAAGCCAUUCACAACAUUCCUCUCCUAUAUUGAAGAGCAGUUCUGCCGUUUUUCAGCAAAACAAUAGCAGCAGCACAUCAAACCAGAUAGCAUCUUCAAGAGCCUCUUCAAGAAUCCCGUCAUUUAAUUCACGAAUACCAAGCGUAUCAUCUUUAUCUGGAGUGUUAUCAAAUACCCUUUCUGACAAAAAAAAGAAAAUUAGCAUCGAAAAUUUGAUGUUGAAGCGGAAAAGCAGCAAGUCAAUGUUGCCAGUAACCAAGAGAAAUUUGGAAUUAUUAAAUAAGGGAUCCUCUAGUCCAUUGGCCUCCGGUUCUGCAGAUCUAACAAAAAUCAAUAGAGAUGAUAACCAACCUGUUGCUUCUUCUCCUUUAUUUAGAAAUAAAAAUAACAACAAAAUUAUCAUUGUUGGUGAUAGCACCAGUCUUAGGGAACCCCUUACUUCACCAACUGAUACUUUCCAUACAGAUACCAUGACAGUUCAAUAUAAAGAAUCAGAUUUCAAGUCCAACAUUCUUGAUGACAGCGAAACUCCGACAAGUCCUACUAAUGAACAAUUUUCUGGACCCAGUGUCGACGUGAUAACUUCUAGUGGUCUUUCAGCAGCCAGAAGUAGAAGAAAGAGCUUGAAUCUCAGUCUCGGGAAAAAGAAAAGAAACUCAUUCUUCGGAGGUAUUUCAAUUAGAGAUAAAUUUGGUAACGGCGAAGAUGGGGGCGAAGAGUCUCUUGAGAUAACUGAUGGUAACAUUGGAAUUCCACGGGAAGAAAGCACAUUUAUAGAUGAUGAGGGUGACUAUGAUGUUCAAAUCCAGGAUAUCAAAAGAACAAAAUCAACAAGAUCAAUGAAGUCUAACAUUUCUAGUAAAUCUCUCACGAAGACUGGAAAGAAUGCGCUUAGGAAAUUGAAAAAAUCUUUCAGCAUGAAACGGCUUGGGGCAAAGGAUGAAACCGCCAAUCCUGGAGAUAUUGAUGGAGAUGUUAGGAAAGAUAACAUUAAAAAAACGGAAAGCAGUGUCAGUCUUAUUUCCUACGCUAAUACUAACGCAAGCGUUAAUGCCGCUCAAUCCAUUCAUUCUUCAGACGCGGAAGAGGAUUCCAAAUCUCAAUUUGAGGAUGACACCGUGGAGAUUUUACAAGAGAAGAAAGUCAACUACGAACCCUACUUCAUGGAGAGUAAUGAUGGUCCCGAAUUCAGAAAUGUUCUAGAUGAUAUGGAAAAUUAUAUUAUGAAUUUCAAACCAGUAUUGAGAGAUUAUUUCAAGAAAACUGAGUGUUAUUUAAGCUCUAAUAUUGAGGCAAACAACAACAGAAAGGAAUAUGUCGACACUCUUGCUGCACUCAAGAAAUUUUUGAUAAAAAAUGAUAGUGGGGGUUAUGAUCAGGACUUAAAUGAAUGCAUCAAUGAUAUGCUUAAAAGGUUGCAAUUGGAAAUCGAGUUUUGUGAACAGUACAACAAAGCAGGCGUGCUCAACUUGUUGAAUUCCAUGAGGAAACUUAGCAGUGACUAUGAAGGUAAUAUGGUUACCGGUGGUGGAGACCUGGAAAUGUCACAAGUUGAUACAAGUGUCAGCAAAGAGUUUGAGGAUGAUAUUUUCGAUAAGAAAUUUACUCUUCAGAAGAAAAAGUACAAUGACAAGAGCAAAGAAUACUACAAUUGGUUGAAUAAGUAUUUGGCUAAUGAUAGAUCUUUAAUUAGCAAGUUGCCGAAGAUUGGUAGUAAUAAUAAUGCCAACAGUAGCAAUCAGGGUGAGGUUAAAUCAUUUGCUGGUGAUGAUUCUACAUUAAAUGAUUAUAGUGAUGAUGAGUCGAUAAUAAUUAAUAGUGGUAGCGCAGUAGGAAAUUCUACCAACAAGAGGCUAUCAUUUUCUUCAAAAAGAAACUCUAUUGGUGGUGACAAAUUUCAAGCAGCUAAUAAUAUUGGGUCGAUAGUUUCCAAUUCAGAUGCUACUGCAAAAUCUAACUCGACUGAAAACAAAGAUUUGAAGUACUUGAAGAGAAAGAAAUCCUUUGAAUUGGCCAGGCUUGAUUAUUUCAAUUAUCUUAAUAACUACAAAAAUGGAAAUUUGAUAGAAACAAUGAAAAUUAAUAUUCUAAAAUUAAUUAACGAUGUCAAUCAUUUGGAGCUUAACCACAAACAUAAACAGCAACAAAUUUCUCAAAACGACUCCAUCAUGGAAAUUAAUAACCGGGUCCAGAAGCUAGAUUUCCAAUGGCAGGAUGUGGAAUCUAAAAAGAAACUUCAAAGACAUUUAAUAAUGAAUGCCAAAAAUAAUUCAGAGAUGAUUGACGCUUUGAACAUUUUGAGCAAGGGGUCUAUUGAAAAUCCGGCAUCCGUCGCGGAUGUUGACAGUACCGUCGCGGGCACCAACCCCAGCCCGGUUUUACCUGACCACAAAGGCAUAUUGUGGACAUAUGGAGGAGGUAAUCGUUCUGGUUGGCACAAACAAUGGGUCGUGUUGGAAGAUGGGUAUCUCAGAGAAUAUGUUGAUUGGAAAAAGGGAAAAGUUAUUCGAGGUCCGCCGUUGGAUAUCCGAUUUGGAUGCAUUAAGCCAAGUGUCUCAUCUAGUGACCGUCGUUUUUGUUUUGAGAUUAUCACCACGAAGAAUGAAAAGAGAUUGUUUCAGGCUUCAAGUCAACAGGAUCGUGAUACCUGGGUUUCGAGCGUGAACGAGUGUUUGAACUUGUCCGUGAACAGCACUCAUCUUGAACAAUUGACCCACCAGAUUGGUGCACAGGUUGAAGGUCUGGAAAAAAAUUUUCUCAACGCAAAUGCAACACGUAACCCAUCUACUAAUAAACAAAAAAAUAUUAUCGAUUUACCACCCUCAUCUUCAGCACCAUCACCUCCAGGUGAUUCCAAUAUCAACAAAAAUAAUACCAGUAUGUUUGGACGAGGUUCUAGGAGUUUCAAAAAGUCGACAACUCAAGGUUUUACUGGAGCUGGAGUAAAUGAGUUUAGUGGUCAUAAUAGCGAUAUCAUCAGCAACAACAUGAACAAUAGUAUCGGUAACAACUAUCAGAGCAACUAUAAUUCUAUGUCGAUAAACCAGAUAAAUAGUCAAUACGCUGCCGCUACUAAUCAAUCAUCUGAUGAAUCGCAACUUAAUUACUUGGAGAUCGUGAGACGGAGCCAUAAAUCCAAUGUCGUGUGCGCUGAUUGUGGAUCAACGAAAUCAGUGGAUUGGAUCUCGAUCAGUUUACUAGUAGUAGUUUGUAUUGAUUGUUCGGGUGUUCAUAGAAGUUUGGGUUCUCAUUUGUCGAAAAUUAGGUCUCUAACUUUGGAUAUAUCGAUUUUUACACCAGAGAUUGUGAAGCUUUUACAUUCUGUUUCCAACGAGCAAGCAAAUAGUUAUUUGGAAAAGAAAUUAAAGGGAGAUAAACUGGCGUUGAUUAGCCCAGGAUCCAGUUCUAAUGAGAGAUCAUCUUUCAUCGUGAAUAAGUAUAAGGAAAAGAGUUUUAUUGAAGAGGACCCUAAAGUCAACUCUCAUUUGAUUUAUGGUAUCCAUUCAAACAAUGUUCAUUUGAUUUUGAAAAGCUUGGCGUGUGGUGGUAAUCCAAAUAUGGUCGUUAUAAAAGGCAAAGAAAAAGAGGUUGAAUCAAGUUUGUUGGAGUAUGCACUCACGCAUUAUUCUGGCACCUCAUCAAAUCCUAUAUUUGAGAUAGCCGAGCUAUUAUUAUUAAAUGGGGCCAGCUGCGGAAAUGAAGUGAAAGAUAACUUGAACUUGAUUAAACCUGCUAAGAAUUUUUGGCAAGCGAAAAUUGACAGAUCUUUAGGUAUUUCGUCAACAAGCUCUAUACCUGCAACAGGAAGUUCCGGUCACAUGAAUACUAAUAGCAUGAGCUCAAGUUAUUUCAACAGUGAUCAAAAUAAUAACAAUGAUGAUUUUCUUGACUCAUCGCAUCACAUAACAAAUGGUUUAUCAUUUAAAAAGGAAAAAAAGGGAAAGAAGAGCAACGGAAUUCAUUCCUAUAGUUACAGUGAUUUGAAUGGGGGUAAUAGCCAAGUAGCCAAUGGUGAUUCAUCAACAAAAAAGAACUUUUCAUCUCAGAUUCCUCUAUUUAGUUUCUCAAGGUCAUCAAAAAAGAAAAAUUUAGGCUAA